GCACAUGUUUUUGUACAUCAUUAUGAAGAUGGUGAAAUAUAAGGUGGUGCCCAGGAAGAAACGUCAGUUAUCGCUUGAAUUUUCCGUUUUCUAUUAUAAUGUGUGUUCAAACUAGGUGGCAGCACUGUAAGGUCUCGAAGUUUUUCUGAGUUGUCAGAUUUGCUUUACUCUAUUUUCUUUGAGCCCAAACAUAAACAAACAGUCGAUGACGCACACUGGCACAAGACAUCACAGCUGAGUACUGUACCUUGUAAGAAUCUCAAAUGGUGCUUUACAAGGCUACAGCUUAAAGCAUGUCCACCAGUGAUGACUGUCAGGUUCCUGUUAAAGAUGGCCAGACGGCUCUCCCAGCACAAACGGCCCCUGAAGAGAUGUAUUGGUUGCGUCACAUGAGCCGAGAGGAACUCUUGGAGAAGCUGGUCAGCCUGCGUGAUGAUUUUUACACUGUGAAAAAAUUCUCCUGUCGGCAAGAAGAUAAGAUAAAAAAAUUACAAACUAAGUUGCGUAAGUUAAUAUCAGACAAGAAGAAAGAUGAUAAGGGAGGCACCUCAUUCAGCCUCAAGGAGAUGGAGUACCAGGAGGUCCUAGAGACCCAGCAGCUCACCAUCCGGGACCUGCGCCUCAAGACUCAACACUUAGAGAAAAAGUUAAAAUUGGCUAACAUUCAACUGAAUUCAGCCAAAAAGAACAAGCCCUUAAUGUUUCGUCACGUUGGACCCAAAGUUGACAGUGGACUCAAGCAACCUCGUGCACCACCAGUGGCGCCACGGCCUACCCCAUCACCCCCUCCUCUUAAAGCCUCACCUUCCUCAAAUGAGUCUUCAGGUUUCAAUGCAUCAGCCUCCAUCCACCAGACAGAACAGUUGAUGCCAGAAAGGAUAAGAGAAAUUCUUGAAGAGGCAAGAGAGAGAAUUGUGGCUCUGGAAUCUGAGAGAGAUGACUUACAGGAGCAGUUGACAGAGAGACAGCAGGCUGCUGAAAAUGCUGAAUAUGAGGCCCAGCAGAGGAUAGCCUCGCUGGAGGACAAAGUUACCAACCUGAAGGAGGAGCUGCAUCACCAGGGAGUGCGGGAGGAGAGGAGUUCAGUGGCAGCAGUGAGAGCAGAAAGGGAGUCCCACACCCUCUCUGCCCGUACUGUGGCCCUGCAAGAACAGUUGGUUGCCACAGAGGAAAAAGUUGCUGCUGAAAAAUUAAGGAAAGAUGCACUUCAUUUAGAGUUAGAAAGGAUGACUGAGAAACUCUUGGGAGUGGAGAACCAGCUGCGAGGAGUUCAAGAAGAGCAGCAGAAGGCAGCAGGGAAAUUGCUGGAAGUUACUGAGAAAAACAAGGUGUAUGAGAAAGAGAAUCAUCAAUUUAAGAGUGAAAAUGAACGCCUUACAACUCUUAACCUGAACUUUGAACAGAAAGGACUUGCAAGAGAAAAUGAACGUUUGAAAGCUCAAAUUGCUCAUCUAGAGUCUGCUUUACAGAGUGACUUGAGUGAGCGUGGAUCCUUCCUGGAACACAUGACUCGAGAUAAAGAAAAUUUAGCUCGAGCUGAGGAAGAAGUAAAGGAACUAAAGGAAAAACUUGCCUCUCUUCAAGAGGAACUGGAGAAGACUAAAGUGAAGCUCAAUGUUUAUGAUAAGUCUGGUCUCCUGAAGUUACCUGACAAGGAUCCUACACUUCUACCACCAAAAGUGGCUGCUCCUAGUCCAAAGGAAUUUGAGAGGCUGAGGGAAGCUCACAGUGAACUUCAGUUACUUUACCGGGAGAAGAGCAGAGAACUGAAACAGCUGUCUGCCACCGUGGCCUCACACUCUAGCACAUACCAGGCAUUGCAGUCACAGGUGACAAAAGUAACCCAGGAAUCUGAUGAGAAGGAGAGGCAGCUGAAUAUGACAGUCAAGAGUCUGGAGGAAACAAUAAGAAGGAGGAAUGACUGUUGUGAUAAGCUGGAAGCUCAGAUACUGACUCUCACUAACAGAGGCAUUACAGAAAAUCUGGAGGAACUGAGUCCCUGCCUAACCCAAACAGUGAGCCUUGGCAAACAUGAUAAUGUGCUGGAGUUUCACAUUGAUCGGGUGGUGUUUGAGUUACCUGAGUUUUCCCACUUGAAGACCUUUGUGUCAUGGACUGUUCCCUUCUCUCUGGAGGAUCCUCUGCAGCACACCAAUGUUGCUCGUGGUACAGAGGCUCACUACAAUUACUCUGCACUUUACAAGUUCCAAAUUAAUAGAAGGAAUUUGAUGUCUCUUAAAGAAGAUACUGUCACAGUGUCUGUGUACAUUCUCCUUGACUCGGGUCAUCCAGCCAAGGUGGGAGAGUGUCACUUGACAUUUCAGGAGGUGUUGGAUCAUCCAAGAAACACUUUGCAUGGUACACAGCCAGUUGUGUUAGCACAUGAUGAUGCAGAAGAAGCACAGCACCUAACUUUCCUGGCAGAUAUCAUCCCUGGACAGGUGAUAGGAAGCAUGAGUUACUGGUUUCGGCUGCAACGACCAAGUGAAGGUGCAAUCGCCCAGUACUUGCGUACUUCAGGGAUGCUCUUAGCCACCAAGAGAGAGAAGCUACUUCCUAAGCAGGAAUCUAAGACAAAAAAAACAAGUACAACGUCAGUGAAGUUGAAAAGUGCAGCUGAUGAGACAGAUGAGAAUUCUGCAGCAGUACAAAUAUCCAAGAAGAAAGAUCUUCAUGAGGAAAUCUUACCUGAAUCAGAGCAAGAACACCUUCCAGUCUCAUCAGGUGAAAGGAGUUCACCAGCAAAGAGAGUGGAGUGUAGUGAAAAGCUUCAUGAGAGCACCAUAGAACAUAUUCCUUCUGACAGUGCCUCUCACUCAGAAAAUAUCCUUCAUGGCCAUGAGUACAUACCUACAGAUCCUGUCACACAGCAAUUAACACGCUCACGAUCAGCCUCUGUCAGCUCAACUGGGACAUAUAAUGUUGGAAGUCCAAAGAAAUCCAAGACUUACAGUAAUUCAAAUACAGAUGCUCCCAAAAAUCUAAAAAGCAUGAAAACAAAGAGAGUUGAUUCAGGAGGUUCUUCAGAGGACAGCUCAACUAGAACAUAUAACGUAGAAGAUCCCAAGACAUCUAAAGUUUCUGGUAAUUCUAAUUCUAGUACUCCUUCAAAAAUUCAUAGGCAGAAAAGUCCAGAGAGAGCAGAUUCUAAGAGUUCCUCAGGCUCACAUUCUUCAGGAAGAAGCUCCAAGCCUGAAGUGUCAUCAUCAUCAUCUCACAAGAAGUCAUCUCCUUCCAGGGUUUCUCACUCUGGAAAGGGAGUGAAGUCUGAAGUACCUGAGGAAAGACCAAACACCUCACAGAUGGCUGCACUGCCACUGCAACCAUCACCUCAAAUGAGUGACACAGAUACCAAAGCACAGCAGCUGCCAGUCAGUCACCAAGACACAUCCAGCAGUGAUGGCAGCAGACAAGAAGAAUCUAAGCACCAGCUCUCCUCCUCAGAAUCCAAUAAUUCCAGUGAUUCUGAAGGAGUAGUGGCAGUGGUUUCCAAGAUGAGUAAAAGUAAAGAUAAACAUUCAAGGAUAUAUGUUGAAGUGACAAGCAUGACAUUAUGGCCAGACUGUGGAAUUCUUCAGGACCCUAUGGUGGAAUUAAUCUUUGUUGACUACCAUGGAUUCUUGGGCCUCCCACCUGACCAGCUGGAAACACCAGUCUCAUUGCCCAAGAAUGCCCCAGACAACACCCUGAAUUUCAAUUUUGGACAAGAGUUCAUUGUUGACAAGAAGCAGUAUCCAGCACGUGUCCAAGCCCUAACUGAGCUUAUGGGUGGCCGAGGCAUCCUCAAGUUCACCAUCACCUCAGAGCCAUCGGAAGAGAUGCAGGAGACGCAUGACUGCCAGGACCUGGGGUAUGCUUAUGUUGACCUUCAGCAUAUAGCAAGGGAAAGGCAAGAUAUGGUGGAGGGAGAACUGGCUGUGGAGAGUGCAGAGGAUGGCAGUCAGAUAGGAGUGCUGAAGGUGACUGUACGUAUUGCACAGGCCUUAGAGAACCUUGGCUUGGCUUGAAUGCAUAGCCGAGUGAUUUUUGUCAACCAUAGGACAAAAAAAAAUUAAAUAAAUAAAUAAAUAAAAUAAUAAUAAUAAUAAUAAUAAUAAUAAUAAUAAUAAUAAUAAUAAUAAUAAUAAUAAUAAUAAUGCAAUUGUAUGGUGUGUAAUUCUAGUCUGGGAAGGAUACCCAAUCCUUUAAGGUGGUAUAUCAGUCUUUUUAGCCAUUUUUGCUAAAAGUUAUUCAAUCAUUUUGAAAUUUUUAUUUUAAGUGUGCCUUAAUGAUAAGCUGUCUCAGUGUGAUGGUGAUAACUGUUAAAGAAAAAAAAAAAGCGAAAAGCAGCAAAUUUAGUCAUAGCAUAUGAAGAAUGACAAUUAUGACUCCAAAAUUGCGUUAAAUUUCAUCUGAUUAAAAGUAAAAUGGAUACUUUAGAGUUUUAUCUGCUUUUUUUUUUUUUUUUUAGUAUAUGUGCGAUUUUUUUUGUAAAAUUGUAAACCUUUUUUUUUCUUUUAAGUGAAAGGGAAAAUUUGACCGAAAGAUUUGGCAAAAUAAAAAUUCCGAUCAGACUGAGAUGUAGAAUAUUAAAUUAUCAUUAUAAAUAAAAUUAAAGUAAUUGGUUAAAAUUUACCAUAGUUAUUAAAACGCAAAGUCGAAAAAAUUUGUUUUCCAGAAAACAGGGUGCAUAGAUGAGUCUCACGAUGCCGCGCUCCUUAAGUUUUGAGGCGGGUAAGCGAGUACUUUCUAGAGACGUUUGCUCUCUCUCUCUCUCUCUCUCUCUCUCUCUCUCUCUCUCUCUCUCUCUCUCUCUCUCUCUCCAUUAGUGGCCUGCCCUUCUUCUUGAAGCCCUUGUGAAGUAUGGAGGUGUAUGGCAGGCCGAGACAGCGAUUUAUAUUGCUGGCGACGUAACCACUGCUGUACUCCAUCGUCACCACAGCUACUACUAGGUCAAGCUUUCUUUUUUGUAGCUCUGGGGUGCUUCAGGCACUGUAGCCAUAUGCGGCUGUGGAAGGACUCAUUUGGGUUCUGUGAAUCCCUGCAGACAUCUUUUCAUCACUUCGUCAGGUGUAAGCCGAGUAUACACUCUCCAGCUGUUCAGGUGGGAGGGAGAAGAAUAUCUUCAUCCCUCGGUGGCUUGAUGGUGAUUCACCUUGUGCUAUUGCAGUCUGGAAAUUCGAUUGAGUGUUUGAGAAACCUCUUCUGCUUUUUACCACUUGAACGAGGAGCUAAGGCCUAAGCCUGCUGCGGUGUUGGUGGUAAUGGCAUUGCGUCUAUUUCUCGCUGAUUUUCAUCUUUCCAGCGGCGUGCUCUUGCCAUGACAAAGGCCUCCUUCCUCUUCUUACAUAAGACAUUUGUUCCUGGCAUGACGAGGCCAAGCGUAAACGUUCAGAAGUAAGAAUAACGAGAAGUGCGACAGAACAAGGCACCACACCCUUUUUUCGCUUGGAAGUCCUUAAGGCCACUGGUGCUAUAGUAUAGUAGGUGUAGACCGGAGUCUCUGAGGCAGUGAGGGGACGCUGGCAGCUGUUCAGAUAGAUGCCGUGUUUCGUAAGAAAAAAAAAAUUGGAAAAAAUUAAAAUGUAUGUUUCCUAUGCCUCAGAGUAGACCUUUCAAUGCCGCCGUGAAGCCCAUGUCUCUUUAAAUGCCCCCUAGAGGAUUUAAAAAUGGCCGCGAAACGCUAAAUCUUAUCUCUGAUAUAUUGCCAGAACUGGCUGAUUUUUUGGAGCAAAUAUAUAUUAUUUCACCAUUUUUUUUUUACAGAAAAUGGAUCAGAAAGGCUGAUAUACAUCCCUUUAAAGCAGCUAUUUGUACGGCAGGCACCUAGGAAGUGGAUAAUGUUAAUUAUUGCACACGUAAUAUUUGUAAUGCUACAGUACAAUUUCAUUAAGUUUUUAAAUAAAUCAACGUGAAAUUUG